GAGUUGGGGUGGUGGGGAGAGAUACGGGAAUGGCUACUGUAUUACCACGAACUAAUGCCUCACGAACUAAUAAUAAAACACGUGAUGGUAUUACUCCAAGAAUUAAGCAGGUGCAGAUGUCGCACUGAGGGAAAGGUAUGUAUGUCUCUCCAAGACAUCUGCUCCUAGGACCUAACGAUCGUGACAAUAAAGCACACGUUGUACCACUGCACUACAUCAGUAGAUCACCAUCACCACAAACGUCUACCAGGCGGUGGCACGACAUCAACAGAUCGCCGUCAUAACAAACGUCUGCAUUGAAAGGGAGCUAACUCUCCUGGCGUCAGCAGACGAACAUGGCGUCAGAUGAGAGAAAUUUCCACCUUCGAAGUCUUCUCCAGCUCGCACGGUCUCUAGGGGCGAUAAAAUCAACGCCAUGGGAUAAAGUUAGCCGCCUUAUGGCUAUGUGCCCUUCAAAUGUGGGCAAAGGGGUGUUCCAAUUUGACAUUCGUGGUCAAAAUGCAGUGGUUGCUCUAGGUGUUUAUUUCUUGGAAUCCGGCUUACAGCACAAAGACAAGAUUCUUCAGUACUUGCUUACAGUAUUGGAAGGUCUGUCAAAAGCAAAGUGGAUAGAAGCGCCAAAAGGACUUACCAGAUUCAGACUGCCAAUGGCGGAAUGCUUCAGCUUCUGCCUUAACACCAUACUCAGUGAUGUUGCUUUUAGAGAUGAAGAGUCAAGGGAGAAGAUCAUCUCAGCCCAGAUGGAUGUUAUGGAGGUUUUGACAAAGCUUUUAGAAGGGACAUAUGACAUUCCUGAAGGAACAAUAUGCUCUUCCAUUGUUCCUGUCCUUAUUGGAAUGGUCCGUGCAAUUGGUCGAUCCAGUGAUGAUGAGAUGCCACUUAUAUCAUAUCUCCUCUCAGUACAUCUAGAUCUUCGUAAAGAAGUUGCUGAACAGCCUCAAGACCAGGCUGCAAAGCAGCGUCGCUCCUUCAACACAUUUCGUCCAAUUUUACCUCGUACUAUGUCUUCCCUAGUUCUUAGUUCUGAUCUACCAAGCCCCACUAGUCCACAACCCACCCGCCUUGAUGCUCCAGAAUUACCAUCUCGGGAACGAUCCCCAUCUCCUUUAGAUGUUGGACCAGGGAGGGAUAAUGGUGUCACUGGGGAUAGCGAUCCUGUGGAAGUGUACUUCAACAAAGUUGGAUCAAGUUUCACAAGAACAAAACCAUGGGGCUUUGAAAUCAUUCCAGAGCAAGACCACCUUAAGUUUUCCAGCAGUCAUCUUCAGACACUUGUUGCUGUUGCUAAGAGGCUUUUGAAUAAGGACAUGUUGAAAAACCUGGAUGCCAUGGUUGUAGAAUAUAUCCAUAAAAGUAAUGGAAACUUGGUACGUUUCCCUUACAAGUCAUACAGCGAAACCAUCACUGUCGUUGUGGUCACCUUGCUGAGAGAUGUGCUUGAGCAGGAAAAAGAUCUGCCAGCAUUGUUUAUGCGUGAAGUGUUUGAGUUUGUGACGGAACUGUACCGUGCUGGCCAAGCUGAACUAGAUAAACGACAUCACAGUUACCUUGAUCAACUCCUUGAAUUCAAUCCAUAUUCUCUAAAUGUGCACAGUGUUGCAGCAUGUGUUGAUCUUCUUUUUUGGGCUAUUCGAGAUGAAGCAGAUGCUGAGAACUUGUGUCUGAAGCUGUCAGAGAAGAUCAGCAUGAACACAGAGAAGAGACUACUUCUAAGGCAUGCCCCGCUCACACUUGUUGCCCUGGAGGCAAUAGGGAAGCUGGCGGUUAAGUUUCCCCACCUAGCUUCAACCAUGGUGGCUUCUUUGAGAGACUUUCUUGUCACCCCAUCACCAAUCUUGAGCAAACUGAACAAGUACUCACUCUCCACGAACUCAGCAAGUCCAACCAACAUACGCAUCACUGUCACCGAUGAAGAUAAACAGGGAUCAAAGCGAGCCAGAAAGCCCAAAGACAAACUGCUGACUACACUGGAAAAUCUUCGUGAUAAUGCCAUUCACAACAUAUGCAGAGCAUUGAAAGCAGGCUUGAACGUGGAUGCAGACUGUGUUCAAGCUUUUCUUGCAUCAAUCUCCAAUCGCUUGUAUCGUGCAGAAAUGAGUGAUCGAGCAAAGCAAACAAAAUCUGCAGAUGUGAGAUGGAAGCAGCUAAGAAAUAUUAUGAAAUUUCUGCAGCCCAACAGCACCAAUUUUGAGCCUGCAGAUGUUGAAAGGGAAUCGAAUCUGAUCUCAACAAACACCAUUCUGACACUGAGCCACCUGGCAGUUUCCCUGAAGGACACGCCAAAGACAGUGGAGUCCAUUUUGCAGAUAUUUCAGCAGCGCUUCUGUUCGCCACCUUCCCCACUUGAUGUGCUCAUCGUGGACCAGCUAGGUUGCAUGGUCAUGGCUGGAUGUUCUGGCAUCUAUCAGGAAGUGAUGGCUAUGUUUGCUCAGAUCAGUGUUGAGAGUUGUGCACCUUAUAAGCCUACGGAAGCAGAUGAAAAAAUUCGUGGUUACAGACAAGUGUCACAGGCUGUGAUUAAUGCCCUUGCCAACAUUGCUGCCAACAUUUCUGGAGAAACAGAACAGCUUGACCUUCUAUGCCGGCUGCUAGAGCUGUUUGUGCAGAUGGGGUUAGAGGCCAAACGAGUCAGUGAAAAAGUUUCAGGUCUCAUGAAGGCAUCCAGCACUGCAGGUAACCUUGGAGUGUUGAUUCCUGUGAUAGCUGUGUUGAUGAGGCGGUUGCCAGUCAUCAAAGAUCCGAAAUCGCGUUUACACAAACUUUUCAGAGACUUUUGGCAGUAUUCUGUUGUUAUGGGGUUCACAGAUGAGGACUCAAGUCUCUGGCCACAUGAGUGGUAUAGUGGUGUGUGUGUCAUUGCCACAAAAUCUCCUCCCUUGCUGUCUAAGGAAGCCAUCCGCAAGGAACUAUUAUACAAUGCUGCAUUGAGGAAUGACUCAGUUGCUCCGGGGGAGCUAAGUGAGCUUCGCUCCAAUAUCAUCGCCUUACUGGACAACAACCCAGAUGCAUCUGCGCUUAUCUAUCGUUUCACCUUUGCACAGUGCACAUACAUUCUGUCUGUGUUUCGUCUUGAGACGCUGAGGAUACAGUAUUCCUCGGAUCCACAAGCAUUCCACGGGCUUUUCAAAUAUCUCAAGAAUGACGUCCUGAUCAAAGACAAAGAUGGAAUGUGGACAUGCGUGCAAGCAGUGGCUGAAAAGGCUUUCGGCAACUUUCUGGACCUAACUGCCAGCAAACCUCGAACAGAAGAAAGAGAGAAGGAGAUAGACAGUCAUGCUCAGUACCUACUGAUUCAGUUCAAUCACGCUAAUAAACGCAUUCGCCGUGUGGCAGAUAAUUUUCUAUCAAGACUGGUGGAAAGGUUUCCACAUUUGCUUUGGAGCGGUACAGUGUUGAGAACCAUGCUGGAUAUUUUACAGGUUUUAUCCAGGGCUCUGGAAAUGGAUCCUCAUGAGGAUGCUCCCAAGCUGCCUGUGUCUGGUACCCCAUACUGUCUGCGUAUUAUGGACACUAUGCUGGAGAGAGAGAAUACAGUGAAAGAUUUUGCUGAGUUCAAAGAAAUUCUACAAGAAUCAAUGAAGUGGGCUCCCAAUGCUGUACGCUCUCAUCUUAUCCACUAUGUGCUAAACAUGGAAAAUGCCUCAGCUGGCAUCCACCAACAUUCUGGUCUGGCCUUGGCCACAGAGAGUGUCCUUAACUAUGCUGGCUACAACAAAAAUUCUGCACCACUGGGCCCAGCCACUCUAGAUAGAAGACCAACAUGCGUUAACACUGACAGCUCCAACUUCAUGGCCCACCUAAGUCUUCGUAGCCGCUUUAUGGGAGAGGUGUGUGGUAUGCAAGAUAUGUGUGACAGCAUUGAUGGAUUGGAAUUCAAACUUUGCAGAGACCUUGAGAAGGCACUGACCACAAAAGACGAUGUCAUGUGUCAGAAAGCACUAUUUCGUAUCUGCGCCUUGCAGAUUAAAAUUGAAGAGAUAAGCCGGAAACUUCUGCAUGCAAUAUGCUGGGCACCUGUACAGUAUUUUUCAAAGACUAUCAUGGAACUAUCAGUUGCCUGCUGGGAUUGGAUCCUGGCUGCUCGCUCUGAUAUUAGCAUGGAGUUUUUAUGUGAAAUGACAGCAGCUUGGCAGAUGUGCAUUGAUCUUCGGCUGGGUAUGUUUGCUGAAGAUGCACCUCGUCCUGAUCCGCUAGCCAAACAUGAAAAUGAAGACCUCACCCCCAAGCCUCCAUAUGUGGCCCCCCACCAAAUCUGGACCAAGUUUCUGCUAGAACGUGUGGAAAUUGCAAAGUACAGCAGUGAGUCCCAAGUAGCGGUGCUGCUGUGUCUCCUUAACAAGUCCUUGUCCAUUGGUGUGGGCAAAACCCCAUCCCUCAUCUCUCGUCACCCGGCGGCACAGGGAGCUCGCUUCAGGUUGCUGACCAUGGGACUGUCCCUUCUGCAGGGGGACGUUCUGCCCAACACAGCUGCAAAGAGUGUGCUUCGAGAGCGUGUGUACGCUGCAACACUUGAUUACUUCUGUGGGCCAGUCAUCUACCCUACUCAGCAGGGAUCUGAGCUUCGAGAGGACAUAAUUAUCCUGGUGAAGUUUUGGCAGAUGAUGCAUGCUGACAAAAAAUACCUCACUACAAAUGUUAUUCAGUUCUCAGACACUAUGGGCCAUGGCAGCAACACACUGACCAUCUCUAAUGUUCAUGCUGAUGUACGGGGUCAAACAGCUGGCUGGAUGAAUACAAUGAACAGUUCAAUGUCAACCUAUUCUCGGCGAUCUGCAAAUUUGGAUGAGUUUCUAAGUCCACCUGUUUUAGCUGGACAAAGGCACUCAAUAGUGUACGGCCUUCAUGGACACUUAGAGCCCAGUUCUUCAGCUGAAUCUUACAUAGAUUUUGCCACCUUCAUAGGCACCUCAAGGAAGGCUCAAGGGACAGCUAGUGGACUAGUCAAAGACUACAUUCGCAAGCGUAACCUAAUUCUGUCUCUACUGGCUAACUGUGUAGACAGUUUGAUCACCUGGCACAAUCCUUUGGAGUUCUCAGAAUACAGGGUGCCUGACGAGGACAAGAUUGCUGCCUGGCGUGCCACACCCAUAUCAGAAAAACAGUGGCGAGAGAAUGCAGUCUUUGCAUGGGAUAUUGCGCCUGCUCUAGCUGUCUUCUUGCCAUCCAGAUUUCGAGCAUCAGAUGCUCUGAAAAGAGAAGUGACAAGGUUAGUACGGCUGGAUCCAGGAGCAGUGUGUCACAUUCCAGAAGCCAUCAGCUUUCUGGUUACAGCACACAUUGUGGAAGCUGAUGCUCCAGAGCUGACUCACAUGAUGACAUGGACAACAAUCUCACCAGUCUUGGCUUUAUCCUACUUCUCAAGACAAUACCCACCCCAUCCAUUGACGCAGCAGUUUGCCGUCAGGGUCCUGAGAUCCUAUUCCUCAGAUGUGCUGAUUUUCUACAUUCCACAAAUUGUUCAAGCCCUUCGGUAUGAUCCUAUGGGCUACAUUGCAGAAUUCAUUUUGUGGGCGGCGCAGAAAUCCCAGCUGUUGGCUCAUCAGCUGCUGUGGAAUAUGAACACCAACAUGUACCAGGACGGAGGAACAGUGAAAGAUGAGGAGAUUGGUGACAAGAUGGGAGAAAUGAUUACCAAAAUAAAAAAGUCACUGUCUGGUUAUGCCUUAAAAUUCUAUGAAAAAGAGUUUGCCUUCUUUGAGGAGAUCACUGGGAUUUCUGGCAAAAUCAGACCCUAUCCUAAAGGCCCUGAAAGAAAGAAGGCUUGCCUUGAAGCACUCAGUAAAGUUAAGCUACAACAAGGCUGCUACCUGCCCUCUAAUCCUGAGGCCAUUGUGACUGAAAUUGAUUACAAAUCGGGUACACCCAUGCAGAGUGCUGCCAAGGCUCCAUUCCUUGCACGAUUUCGUGUCCAGCGCUAUGGCAUCCAUGAGCUGGAGCGCCUGGCAGAGGGAGAGAAUGUUGAAAAGCAUGAAAUGAGUUCACAGUAUUGGCAAGCCUGCAUCUUCAAAGUGGGCGAUGAUGUCCGACAGGACAUGCUAGCACUGCAAGUGAUUGAACUCUUCAAAAACAUCUUUGAACAGACAAGCCUUCGUCUCUAUCUUGCCCCAUACCGUGUUGUUGCAACUGCUCCUGGGUGUGGUGUAAUAGAAUGCGUGCCAGACAGCAAGUCACGUGACCAGAUUGGUCGCCAGACUGACAUCACCAUGUAUGACUAUUUCUCACCUCAGUAUGGUGAUGAGAGCACCCAAGCUUUCCAAGAGGCCAGGAACAAUUUUGUUGUGUCCAUGGCAGCAUACAGUAUUGUCAGCUUUUUGUUACAAAUUAAGGACAGACACAACGGCAACAUUAUGCUGAACAAAACUGGACACAUCAUUCACAUUGAUUUUGGCUUUAUGUUUGAGAGCUCACCUGGUGGUAACCUUGGCUGGGAGCCAGACAUAAAGUUAACAGAGGAGAUGUUCAAAGUGAUGGGAGGAACCAUGGAUGCCCCUCCAUUUCAAUGGUUCAUGGAACUCUGUGUGCAGGGAUACCUUGCAGUCAGGCCUUACCAAGAUGCCAUCAUUUCCCUGGUGUCUUUGAUGCUGGACACACGACUUCCCUGCUUCCGUGGACAGACUAUAAAACUGUUGCGUGCUCGUUUUGCACCUAAUGCCUCUGAUCGAGAAGCAGCCAAUUACAUGCUUAAAGUCAUACAGGGCUCCUGUCUCAACUGGCGAGGAAAGACAUAUGACAUUCUGCAGUACUACCAGAACCAGAUCCCAUACUAGUCCCAGGACAAAGACUGCACUCAUCCUCUCACAAUAACCUUGCUCGUUGACUCAGUGGGACAGUGUGAUAAUUGUACAGUCAUCCUUCUUCUGCUUGUGCCCCUAACAAUUCUACAUGAGAAUGGAUCUUUUAUAGCCACAUUGGGGAACUAAAAUGUUCUGCCAUAUAAAAAAACUUAAUGUCUGUUUUAUUCUUCUUUAGUAUUUAUGUAGGGAGAUGUAAUAAAUGUGAAUGAUUGAAGUAUGCAUGGAUAGGAAGAGAAGCAAGUGUGCAUAUGUCUAAGAUAAAAGAUAACAACCUUCUGCAGAGACCAGCUUUAACCUUAUUUUUACAUUUCUUGCAGCAAUAUUUUACCAUUUGAUAUAUGUCACUAUUGCCAUACAUACACGGGUUCAUUCGUUCGUGCUUGCCAACAUUAUUACAGCUUGGAGAUGGAACAACCGACUACCAUCCUUGUUUCCUGUUUUAAUAAAUUUUUGGAUGUUGACCAUGAACGGACUUUUAGAAUUUAAAAUGUAAUUUGUUCUUGAAUAUAUAUCAUAUGUUUUAAUAAGCAUUCUUAUUGAUGGUGUAAAUACUUCACAGGAUGCAGAUUUUAAAGCUACAUUCUAAAUAGAUCACAUCUUGAGAAUUAUUCUACACACGUGAGAAGUUAAAGCAUGAAAAUCAUUUCAUUUUAUGAUGAAUUUUACAUUGGCAAGACUGUUGAAGCUUUAUGACUUGAUAAAGUCUUUAUAAGAUAAGAUAAAAUAACUUAUGACUUGAUUGGAAAAUUAUUCAGUGGUCUAUAAAAUAUUUUAAUAUUCUAAUAGCUUUGUACUUUGAUUUCUUCACCAUUUUCAGCUGAUACAAACUAUUAAAAGGGGAUGCAGAAUGCUUAUGUCUGUUUCCUGUAGUCAUGCCCAAAGGUAUCUAGUCUGUCAGAGACAGUGCUUGCCCCACUAAUCCCUUUGUGCCCGACUAAUCACGGACGUGUAUAGGGAUGCAUAUUCAUGGACUAAUCCAAAUGUACUCUUCACCUCAUUAGUGGUUAUCCAUACGUGAAUUUUUUUAUUUCUUUUAUACUGUGGCGCCUUUCGCUGUUUUAUUUGUGCAACAGUUUUACUUUUUUGUAAGUUAUUGUGCUCCAUUCACAGAUAUUAUUACUACUUAUGUACCAUGUAUAUUCUGUUUGCUGGUGAACUGAACUUGUGCUGUGAUAAAUUGUGUCACUGUAAAUAAAUUGCUAUAUAUCUGAG